CCCACCAACCAUCAUCGAUGACGCGAGUCAUUUCCCGUUUCUCAGCCUCAACUGGCAAUCUGUAACGUUAUCCUCUAUCACCGCCUCUCCGUUUCGGGAGCUCUCAGGUCGUUCAGUCUUUCGGCGGAAGACACGAGAUGAAAUUCUGGUCUCGGGUCGACUCAGAAGGAGUGUUGAGAGAGCAAGCAUCUUCGAGACUCAAGUGAGCUCGACUUUGUUCGUUGGAUAAACAAAACAAGAUCCGCAAGACCCGUCGUCACCUCCACGAAGCAUACAAUUACAGCUCGCUAACAUGGACUUUCUAAAACCACAAGUUGGCAAAGCUCGCAAGCCUAAAUUCGAGCUUCAUCUCAAGAUCUAUGACCUCAACAACGUUCCCCUCGUCACUGGCCACUCCUUUGUCAAAUGGCACCUCACACACUCUAUGCACGCGGAGCACCGCGGCCGCACCGGCAAGUGUCCCAUCGCCAACCACCGCGUCGACUACAGCUUCUGUACACUCAUGGCAUCUAUCCGUAUAUCCGUUGAUCGCAACAACAACUUGGCCGAGUGCCCCAUUGAGCUCGAAGUUGUCCAGGAGUUUGCCGGGACCGAGAAGAUGACCCUUGGCUUUGUUCGCCUCAACCUCAGCGAGUACAUCGAGGAGAGCGAGGCCUUUACCAAAGAUGUCACCUCACCAGGGCGCAAGCGGAGCAACAGCGUGGGCGUAAGCCCUGCCGGUAGUGGACGUGACUUGGAUGUUGUCGAAGAUGGCAUUGUAAGGAGGUAUCUCAUGCAAGACAGCAAGGUCAACAGCACUCUCAAGAUUGGUAUCCUCAUGAUCCAAGUCGAUGGCGAGCGCAGCUACAUUGCCCCACCUCUAAAGACGGCCCCCGUCUUUGGUGGCAUCGGAGGUAUCAUGGGCGAGUCGAUUGAGGAUGAAGUCGGCCCCGUCCCCAGCAUCUCCAAGCCUCGCGAUGCUGCUGAGCUUCAGGACCUCUACCGUCGCACCCUCGCCGCCUCCUGGAGCCGUCAGACCCACGAGCUCCCGGCUGACGAGUGCAUCGAGGACAUAUUCAACGGAGGCAACGGCUGGAAGACCAAGCUCGACUCUGGGUCCCCGGACACUGACGAGGAGGACGAAGAUGCCGACGAUUCCGACUUCCGGGACGGCACCCUCCGACCGCGUGAUGUUCGCCGCAUCGGCAUACUCCACCACAACCAGAACAAUCUCCAGCCAAACCACACCCCUAACAAUGCCCACCCGCCGCAGCCAUCCGCCCCCGCGCGCUCCCACCGCCGCACCCCGAGCAACUCCAGCGAUAAGAGCGUGUCCACCGUCACCGUCACCCCCCACGGCCACCACCCCGGGCGCAAAAACGUCCGCAUCCACGAGCUCGACCACUCCCGCAGCCUCGCCAGCCUGACAUCAUCGAUGACGCUCGAUAGCGAUGCCCUCCAUGAUACCGGUCUCAAACGCUCACGAGAGGUUCCCGAGUUCGACAUUCGAAACGAUCUCGUUGCGUGGCGGCUCCCUGGCUCGGUCGGUUUGGAUAUGUAGGUACGGGCUUGUUUCAGGGCGAGAGAAAUGAAGAGGACGUGUUGUAAUGCUUUGGAUGAGGGCACAGUGUGGGGUUUAGAUCUUCAUCUUGUACAUAGCAUGGCUAGUCCUGUAGCGUUUAUGGCGAAGGUGGGUUCACCUCGUUAUUCUUUCAUGUUGCAAUU